UCGUGAGACGCUUCGUUGCCGUUGCCGUUGCCGUCUCGCUUGUGGCUCUACACGCGUUGAACCGAGUCCACAUUAGUCCCAGAUCACAGUCCAUUCCGAUGCGUAGUCGCUGCGUAUACGUAAUGUUAACAUUCUGCGGAUUAGUGAGCGCUGCACUGGCCGGCUGGCUGCUGGUCUCCCUUGUGGGUGCCCAAGGGGCUGCUGAAGAGGAGCCCACAACGGUGGUGACCGUUGAAUUGGCCAACGGGCAGGGCAAGGUGCUGGGCAAUUUCGAUGUGACAGCUUUGACUGAUCAGAGAUUUAUGCAAUUCCGUGGCAUUCCAUUUGCGGAGCCACCGGCGGGGGAUCUGCGCUUUCGGCCACCUGUUCCCCGUUCGAGCUGGUCGCCCUAUACCGCCAGCGCCCUGCACUUUGCCCAACGCUGUCCAGUGAUAACCCAUUUGGAUGAUCAGACGUCCGAUGUGAAGACGGAGGACUGUCUCAAUGUCUCGGUGUACACCAAAAAUCUCACAGCCAAGCAGCCGGUAAUGUUCUACAUCUAUGGCGGCGGCUACUACAACGGUUCGGCCGAGGAUCAUCCUCCGCACUAUUUCCUCGAGGAGGAUGUGGUCCUGGUGGUGCCCCAGUAUCGAGUGGGAGCCCUAGGCUGGUUGACCACCUUCACGGACGAUAUGCCCGGCAAUGCGCCCAUUGCGGACAUCCUAAUGGCCCUCGAGUGGGUGCAGACACACAUCCAUCUGUUCGGUGGCGACCCACAGCAGGUGACAAUCUUUGGCCAGAGCGCGGGCUCUGCGGUGGCCAGUGCCCUGCUCUUGAGUCCCAGCACAGGGGAGCAUCUCUUCAAGCGAGCCAUUGUCCAGUCGGGUUCGAUCUUCGCCCGGUGGGCCGUCAACAGCGAUCCUCGCGCCCAGGCCAUACGAAUCUGUGAGAAACUGCGGUGCACCGGAUGCGAGCAGGAGGAUCGGCUGUGGGUUUGCCUGCGCAACUCAACGGUGAAGUGCAUCCUACAGGCCACCCAGACGGAGACAUUCGCUCCAGUUGUGGGCGAUCUAAUGGGAAUCCUGCCGCAGCAUCCCAGCGAGCUGGUGAAAACCUACCAGCGGCAGAUUCCAUUGCUCACCGGCUUCACGGAGCACGACGGCUCCUUUAUCCUGGCAAGCUACUACGAUAUGGUUGCCGCAAAGUUUCCCAAUGUGAGUGCCCUGACGGUGCGCGAGUUCUCCGUGGGACUCGUGGAAAUGGCCAAAGAUGGCACCGGACUCACGGACAAUCUGCUGUAUCGCAUGCUCCUCCCGCCAGAGAUACUCAACAGUCACGAUCACAAGGCUGCCGUGCCCGCCUACUUCGAUCUUACGUCCGCCUACUUAAAGUCCCCAGUGAUAACGCUGGCCACGAAACUCUACAGCCAGCAACCCUCCGCUCCCGUUUACGUUUACAGCUUCGAGUAUGAGGGCAAGUACACCCGCUUUGGCUAUGAGAUGGGCAACGCCCACUACCCCUUCAAUGGGGGAGUGCACCAUUCCAAUGAGAAUAUGUAUCUGUUCUCCACACAUCCCCUGGUGGGGCAGGACUCGCGUAUGUCCCAGAAAAUGGUCGAGCUGUGGACCUCGUUUGCCAUCGAUGGCAGGCCCAAGGAACUGAGCCCCCUGUCCAGUCCCAGUGGACCCUACAAUCGUCUGGCCAUGCAAAUAACGACAGGCGAGGAUCUGUUGGAGACGCUGACCGCAGCCAUUGAUGAUCCAAACAAUUGGAGGCUGCAGCGUGAGAAUGUGGACUUUUGAGUGCCAUUCCGAUGGGUUAUUUAGGCAAGAAAUGGGCGAAUGCAAAGGCCAGGCAGCUAUUUUUCCUAUUUGUGGUUACAAUACUUAGAUAAGGGCUAUAUAUACUCGUAUUACUUUGACUAAUUAAAGCACUAUAUCUUA